AUCAGGUCCAUGCUGCGGCUGGCUCCAGGAGCCAAGGCUUGGCAAAGACUUUAUCUGCUCAAGCCCUCGGUCCUCCCUAGAGCCCUGGGAGGACAGGCCCUGCACUUGUGGUCCCGGCUUUUGUCAGAGCAGGGCCCUGCAGAGACCGGCGGGCAGGGCCAGCCCCGGGGCCCUGGGCUUCCAACCAGGCUGCUCAUCACAGCCCUACUGGGGGCUGGGCUGGGUGGAGCCUGGCUGGCUAUGAGGGCUGAGAAGGAGCAGUGGCGGCAGCAACGGCGAACCGAGGCCCUGCGCCAGGCUGCUGUGGGCCAGGGCGACUUCAGCCUGCUGGACCACCAUGGCCGGGCUCGGGGCAAGGCGGACUUCCAGGGCCAGUGGGUGCUGAUGUACUUUGGCUUCACCCACUGCCCUGACAUCUGCCCAGAUGAGCUGGAGAAGCUGGUGCAGGUGGUGCAGCAGCUGGACACCGAGCCCAGCCUGCCCCCGGUGCAGCCGGUAUUCAUCACUGUGGACCCCGAGCGUGAUGACGUCACAGCCAUGGCCCGAUAUGUCCGGGACUUCCACCCCCGGCUGCUGGGCCUGACGGGAUCCCCUGAGCAGGUCGCCCAGGCCAGCCGCAGCUACCGUGUGUACUAUCAGGUCGGCCCCAAGGACGAGGACCAGGACUACAUCGUGGACCACUCCAUUGCCAUCUACCUGCUCAACCCUGACGGCCUCUUCACUGAUUACUACGGCCGCAGCAGCUCAGCUGAGCAGAUCUCAGACAGUGUGCGGCAGCACAUGGCUGCCUUCCACAGUGUCCUGCCCUGAGCUGCUGCAGCCCGACCCUGUAGAGCCCUGUCAGUAAAUGGCAUGUUUGACCUGUGUA